AUGAAAAGCUACAUCAACCUGGCCAUUCUGGCCGUCCUCAUCGCCUCGCUGUAUCGGCCGGUGACGCACGAGCUCACUGUCCUGGGCGUGUUCCGCUCGGCCACCGGGGCCGUCAGCCACCAAGGAGCUCCCAUUCACACCAUUGCAGACACCAUUCAUUGCGAGGACUUACAUUAUUAUCAUCCUGCAGGCCAGCUCUUCACAGCCUGUGAGGACUCGGUCCUGCCCCGCUUCCAAUGGUUCCCUCCCUUGGUGACCUUCAAGGGCCCGGCAGACACGACGGGCUCGAUCCAUGUGAUUGAUCCCAAGACCAUGAAAUCUUCCCGUCUCACGUUUGAAAACUUCUCUGGACCGUUCAUCACCCACGGCAUCGAUCUCACCGAGGAUCCGGAGCGGACGGAUGCGGUGUACAUCUUCGCCGUGAACCACUUGGCCAACCCCGAGUAUCACGGCGGCGAUGUGCCCAAGGCGCGCUCGCAGGUCGAACUGUUCCACCAUGUGCUCAACUCGGGCACGAUCCGCCAUGUGCGCUCCAUCCGCCAUCCCCUCAUAACCACCCCAAAUGAUAUCUAUGCCGUCAGCCCGCGUUCCUUCUACGUCACCAAUGACCAUCUCUACCGGGAGGGGUACAAACGCUCGGUGGAGAACCUGCUCCCCGCCGCCAAGUGGUCGACUGUGAUCCACGUCCAGCUCGACCCUCUUGCGUCCUCCGCGGCGGAGUCGGGGCUCGAUGCGAUGGUGGCAGUCGAGGGACUCUGGAAUAACAACGGUCUCGGACAUGGUCCGUCGCCGGAGGAGGUCCUCCUCACCAGCGCCAUGGGUGGGUACCUGUGGCGGAUGCGGCCCAAUGCCAACCGCACGCUGUCCAUCGUGGACGAGUUCACCUUUGACAGCACGAUCGACAACCCCAGCUACUACCAGGACCCGUACCGCACGGCCGAGAACGAUGCGAGCGGCUAUGUGCUGGGGGGAUUGCUGCGCGCGGUGGACCUCGACAAGACGCGCACGGAGCCCGAGGCCACGGACGGGGUGAUGGUAUGGUAUACGCGUCGUCAGCCGGGGACGGGGGAGUGGGAGACGCGGUUGCUUUUUGAAGAUGACGGAUCACGCAUUCGGAGCGCCAGCACGGCGCUGCUGGUUCCCAAGGAGUCGGUGGCCGGAGAGAAGAAGGCGUGGUUGUUCGUGACGGGGUUCUAUUCCGAGGCCAUAAUCGCCGUGGAGGUGACCUUGUAA